AUGGAGCGAGCACUGCAAGCACAGUUGGUGCCUGAAGAGCAGCGUGUUGAAUUUGCCACCUAUCUUCUCACGGGGGAAGCAUCGCAUUGGUGGCAAGGGGCUCGACGCCUCCUGCAACAGAGAGAUGAUCCUAUCACUUGGGAUGCCUUCCAGGUGGAAUUCUAUAAGAAGUACUUUCCGAAUUCUGCCAGGACAGCCAAGGAAUUGGAGUUACUACUGCUGAAGCAAGAGUUGGUAAAUAAGAGCAGAAUUGCUGAAGAGUAUGUGAAGAGGAUGGUUGCAGAGAAAGGAAGUCAUAGAGAGCACAACCAAGGAUUCGCACCAAGGGGUCGAGAGUUUAAGGAGAGAGGAUACAUACAACACCUUCCCCAAGGACGGAAUAACUUUGCGACGAGUGAGGAGUCCCAAAGAAACGGUAAAGCAAAACGGGUAGCGGCUGUUUCUGAUGUUUCGAGCUGUCAAAGAUGUGGAAGUCAUCACCCAAAUAGGCCGUGCCGAUUGGGGUUAGGUGUGUGUUACAAGUGCGGGUUACCAGGGCAUGUAUCAAGAAAUUGCCAACAAUGA